CUUUCUUCUUCUUUAUCUUUUUUGUUUAUCAAGUAUGGUUCGUUUAUUUACAAUUGCUGCUACAGUAGCUCUGCUUCAAUAUUCUGCUCAAGCUUUGAAUAUUGGAGAAGUCACACCAAACACAAUUGAUAAUAACAAAGAUAGCUCCUUGUUUGUUGAAUAUUACAGCCCAGAGUGUCAACAUUGCAGUGAAUUCGAACCUAAAUGGUCGCAACUCGCGAAAAGUCAUCCUGGUGCAACAUUUGCAAAGUUAAACUGUGCUAAUCAUCUCGAUUACUGUAAAGAAAAGGGUAUAGUCCGUGUCCCCACUAUUCAAAUGCAAAGUGGAGGAGGUGCAUGGAAAGAAUACACGGGCGAUUUUUCAUUGGAGGACGUGAACGAAUACAUCAAGGCAAAUCAAGCGAAACGCAAUGAACACGGUGAGUCCUUCCCGAUUGUCUCCUCGAAACAAAUUCAUAGCAUGAUCUCCAGUAAAGAACCUUGGUUUGUCAAAUUUUAUGCUCCUUGGUGCGGUCAUUGUAAACAUCUCGCUCCUGUUUGGGAAGAAUUGGCCAAGGAAUUGCAAGGUCAAAUCAAUCUUGCUGAAGUCAACUGUGAAUCUCAUAAAGCUAUUUGUGAAGAAUUCAAAGUAGCUGGUUUACCUACUCUCCUCUACUUUGUGCAUGGCUCUUCAUUGGAAUACAAUGGUGAAAGAAGUUUAGAAAAGUUAAAGGACUACGCGCUUCAAAAAGCAGGUUCUCCUAUCCAAAACGUUGAAUCCGAUGAAGAAUUACAAGAAUUAUUUGAUGGUCGCGAUGUCAACUUUGUUCAUAUUACGCACCCUCAACAACAAGCGUCCACCACGGGCGAGGAGGAGGACUCUAUCUCCUUUUUGGAAUCCAUUGCUGCUCCCUUCAUGAAGACCUUACCCUUCUUUUCAACCUCCGAUAAAAAGACCGCGCUUCGUUUCAACUUGCAAGAAAGCGAUCUCCCCGCUUCCGUGAUUGUCAAGGACGGUACCUUCAAACGCUUCACAUCUCCUUUAAAAGAUCUUGCCUCUUGGCUUAUCGAGGAAAGUCAACCUCUUGUCACACGUGUUUUACCCGCUAACUCAAGACAAGUGCUCAAGGGAGAACACAUCGUGGUCUUGGGUAUCACCGAUCCAGAGGACACCGAAUCACAAUCCAAGUUGCGUAGUAUAGCCAAAAUCUAUCGUGACGAACAAGGUGGUAAAGAGAUUAGAUUUGCUCAAUUGGAUGGUAAGAAAUGGGGUAAAUUCAUCACACGUGCGUAUCAUAUUCAAAGUGAUAAAUUGCCUGCGUUGGUUAUCUUGGACCCCCAAUCCCAACUUUAUUAUGAUCAACAGGCAGAUCAGACCCGAUUCUCCUUGAUGAAUGAUUCUCCUCAGACGAUCUUGAAGGCUGCUCAGUCCUUGGAUACCUUAAUAGGUCAUUCCACAGCUCCCUCGCAAACAAUGGGUAAAGUCAAGGCCUUCUUUGUGUUCUUUGGAGAUCAUUGGAUGUACGUUACACCCGUCCUCUUUGGUGCAUUUGCUCUCCUCUUUCAUUACAUGACCAAGGAAGAAGGUCAAGUCAAGACAAGAGAACAAGUAAAAGAAGCUGCUAAAAAGACAGUUGAACAGAAUAAGGAAAAGAAGGCUGCCCAAAACAAGGCUGAUUAAUUAAUUAAAAUAUAUAGUUUUUUUUUUUUCUGUUUUUCUUUUUUUUACGUUGCAUUUAAAAUUUACAAAGUUAAUUAAAAAAAAAAAAAAAAAAAAAAA